UAUAUCUGAUGUCUAGAUUACGUAGGGUGUCGGUCCGAGUGCGGAGUGCCUCGCUAUUCUCUCCAUUCUACCGAGAAAACCAACCCCACCUUCUAAAUUUUGAUAAUAAUCUCAGAAUAAUGGAGGCGGCAGCAGCAGCAGCAAAACCAGUAAUCAAUGUCGCCGCCAUUUGCGGGUCCCUUCGCAAAGCUUCCUACAACAGAGGUCUCCUCCGAGCAGCAAUGAAGAUAAGUUCAGAAUCAAUACAAACAAUGAAAAUCAAUCCCAUCGAUAUUUCGCCAUUGCCGAUGAUUAACACUGAUCUCGAGGUUGACGGUACUUAUCCACCCGUUGUUGAAGCUUUUCGCCAGAAAAUUCUGGAAGCUGAUUGUGUUCUCUUCGCUUCUCCUGAGUAUAAUUUCUCUGUCGCUCCUCCGUUGAAGAAUGCAAUAGAUUGGGCAUCUAGGCCCCCGAAUGUUUGGGCAGAUAAGGCUGCUGCAAUCAUAAGUACCGGAGGAGGCUUUGGUGGGGGCCGAGCCCAGUAUCAUCUACGGCAAAUUGGAGUUUAUCUUGAUCUUCAUUUCAUCAACAAGCCAGAAUUUUUCUUGAAUGCAUUCCAACCUCCUGCUAAGUUUGACAGUGAGGGUAACUUAAUUGAUGCAGAUGCCGAAAAAAAGAUAAAGGAAGUUCUUUUAGCAUUGCAAGCAUUCACAUUACGGCUCAAAGGCAAAUGCUGAACAUCAAUUGUACUAUAUCUAUUCAUGUAAAGUACUUUAUUGAACAAGUGUGGGUUAAUCACUGCCCUCCGGAGAUCUCUACCUAUGUAAGCUAGUGCCAUUCGGGAUUGAACAAGUGUGGGUUAAUUAUUGCCCUCCGGAGAUCUCUCCCUAUGUACUCUCGGGCUUAUUGUCCUUAAUUUAAUUCAUUAGCUCGGUUUCCUGCAAAAAAAUGUACUUGUAUAGUUGUAUAUGACUGAAUUCAUUUGAAAGGUAUUGUGAUGAGCUGAUGAUAAUAUGAGAAUGAUGCUAAUUAUUUGAUGCA